GCAGAUAUAAAGCCCAGCCCGGUUCACAGACUUCAGCCACAUUUCCCCCGCUCCUGCUGCACAGCACAGCUCCAUGGCCCAGUGUGGGACGUUGGUGGCCGCUGCCCUGGCGCUACUCUUGCUGCUCCUGCCGCCAAACCUUGCGUGGUACAAGCCUGCGGCGGGACCCCAGCACUACUCGGUGGGCCGCGCCGCGGGGCUGCUGUCCAACUUCCACAGGUUCCCGUCCCCGCGACGCUCCGAGUCCCCAGCACUCCCUGUCGGAACAGGACCCCUACGCUUGGAGAUGCACUCUAGCCUAAGGAGCCUUGCCCUGUGUGUCAAAGAGGUGACCCCGAACCUGCAGAGCUGCCGGCGGCAAUUCAACAGCCCAGGAACUUUGCAGUGUAAAGCGGACGUCUUCUUAUCGCUGCAGGAGGCUGAAUGUCAACGGCCUGAGCCCUGAACCACAACCCAAAACUCGACUGGCUGUGGUGGGUGACCCCCAUGCCCAACCUUGCUUGAAGCUGCGCAGGCCCUGUCAUGUGGGUUGGCGCCUGUGACCCCUAACUCCUACCAUGCUCCACAGCA